CAUUCACUAGCUAAUAAACUGGAAUACGAAGACCAAGGUGUAUAUGGGGAAGUGGCAUCGAUAAACAUGGCACUGCUUGAGAAUAUCCCAGCAGUUCUGCACAGUUUAAUUGAAGGUGCCAGCAAACCUGAAAAUAAACAAACGCAGCCUGCUGACGCAAGAUCACAAGAUGGGGAGGACAAUGCUGAGAUCAAAAGCAAAAAAGAGAUCAGUGCAACUCUCUUGGAUCCGGAUCGUAACACGGUAACUCGUGAAUGCACCCAUAAUUCAAACAAUGGUCCCCUGCCCUAUGCUUCUAGUGAAUGGCCCCACCUCACAGUGAUGUUUACCAAUAAGGAUGAGAGGCACAACAGACGGGUUCUACAACAGGCGGCACGCCAGGGUAGGAUAUCCGGACAUAAGUACAAGGAAGCCAGUGAAGCAAUGACAGAGUACCGCACAAUACUUAUGGAACGCAUGCAGUCCUUUGUCAGGGGGUACCUGAUGAAGGUGUCCUGGAACCAGGCCGAAACCCUCUUAAAGAAACAGAGCUUCCGUUCCCCUCAGGUCUUGCCUGUAUUAACAAAGCUAAGGAUUCAGAAGCAGCAGGCUCUGAUGCGCUGGAAGGAAGAGAGAGUCCGUAGUUGGGAAAAACGUCUGCAUCUCUCAGCAUCUCUGGAUCUGACACUUCAGGAACUACAGCAGGAGAGUGGAAUAUUCUUAAUUAAACCUGUGCUGUCCUGGCCUCGACGCUCUCAACUAGUGAAGAACCAGAGGCAGAACCACUCUACAUGUAAAGAUUUUUCAAAAAGCACUUGGCUUCCCAGCUACCAGUCUAAGAAUCAGGACAGUCUCCGGUGCUGUGGAAAAGCUCCAAGGCCUCUCAGUAGGGAGUGGAGUGUGCUACAGAAUCAUGAGGCGUUGAGACCCCUGGUGAUCACUCCUAAAGUGCUAGAAAUGGACAUCCACAGAUACUUGUGCAAGGAGUGCUGUGUGAUGUCAAAGCACCAAUCUUCCCCUAUUGGAUCCACACAGAAGUCUGGCAGUCCUUUAAGAAAUUAUCUGGUUGUGAAACGCACCACCCCUCUCCUCUCCUUCAACUAUGAAGUUGGCAUAACAAAGUUUAAUGACUAAAGCUAAUGAGAAUAUAACAUAUUAUUGAGGAACACAUGCCUAGUAGUAUAUAUAAAUAUGGUUAUUUAUUGUGUGUGUAUAGUCUAUUCACCAUUUAUAGAGGUACUCACACCUUUCCAGGCUACAUCUUCAAGAUCAACAUCUGGGAUUACAAUCCCCAAAAUCCUCUGCAGUUGUGUGUGUGUGCGUGUGGGGGGUAUACAGUAGAUUGCACUAACACAAUCUACUAUUAGUUAAACAUUUCUGAAACACUAAUUUGUUUGACAAAAAUUCAGUAUUUAAAAAAUUAAAAAUCAUCUUCACUAAGAAUAGUAAAAUUAUAUUUGUAAGUACAAAUUAAAACAUAUUGAAAAUUAAAAA